CAAGGAGCGCGGGAGGCCGCUGAGGCAAUGGCGGUGUUUGACUGCGGGCUGUGGAGGAAGUGAAGCAGCGGCAGAAUCCGCCGCCAUCCGCGCUGCUCCUGCGCAGGUGAACUGAGGUGAAGUGAUAUCAAUCGGCACCAUGUUUCUUUAUAACCUAACUCUGCAGCGAGCCACCGGGAUCAGUUACGCCAUCCAUGGCAACUUUUCAGGUACCAAACAACAAGAAAUUGUUGUUUCUCGAGGCAAAAUCUUGGAGUUGCUUCGUCCUGAUCCGAACACAGGAAAAGUUCAUACUUUGCUGACAGUGGAAGUCUUUGGAAUCAUUCGUUCUCUCAUGGCCUUCAGAUUAACUGGUGGAACCAAAGACUACAUUGUGGUGGGCAGUGAUUCAGGUCGCAUUGUUAUCUUGGAAUAUCAGCCCUCAAAAAAUGUGUUUGAGAAGAUUCACCAGGAAACCUUUGGCAAGAGUGGCUGUCGCAGAAUUGUUCCUGGACAGUAUUUGGCUGUGGAUCCUAAGGGGCGAGCUGUCAUGAUCAGUGCCAUUGAGAAGCAGAAGCUAGUGUACAUUCUGAACAGGGAUGCUGCAGCCCGACUCACAAUUUCUUCCCCGUUAGAAGCGCAUAAAGCCAACACCUUGGUUUACCAUGUAGUUGGAGUAGAUGUGGGGUUUGAAAAUCCCAUGUUUGCCUGUCUGGAAAUGGAUUAUGAGGAAGCUGACAAUGACCCCACAGGAGAAGCGGCAGCCAACACCCAGCAAACCUUGACAUUUUAUGAGUUAGAUCUGGGUUUGAACCAUGUUGUCAGGAAAUACAGUGAACCCUUGGAAGAACAUGGCAACUUCCUCAUUACAGUCCCUGGAGGUUCUGAUGGUCCCAGUGGAGUGCUGAUUUGUUCUGAAAACUACAUCACCUACAAAAACUUUGGUGACCAACCAGAUAUCCGAUGUCCCAUUCCCAGAAGAAGGAAUGACUUGGAUGACCCUGAAAGAGGCAUGAUUUUUGUCUGCUCUGCUACACACAAGACCAAGUCUAUGUUCUUCUUCUUGGCUCAGACUGAGCAGGGUGACAUCUUCAAAAUCACCUUGGAGACUGAUGAGGACAUGGUAACAGAAAUUCGACUCAAGUACUUUGAUACAGUUCCUGUUGCUGCUGCCAUGUGUGUUCUGAAAACUGGGUUCCUUUUUGUGGCUUCUGAGUUUGGAAACCACUACCUCUAUCAGAUUGCUCAUCUGGGGGAUGAUGAUGAGGAGCCAGAGUUCUCCUCUGCCAUGCCGUUGGAGGAAGGAGACACAUUCUUUUUCCAGCCUCGGCCUCUCAAGAACUUGGUGCUGGUGGAUGAACUGGACAGCCUGUCUCCCAUCUUGUGUUGUCAGAUAGCUGAUCUGGCUAAUGAAGACACCCCUCAGUUAUAUGUGGCCUGUGGGAGGGGGCCUCGGUCGUCACUGAGGGUCCUUAGACAUGGACUUGAGGUAUCUGAAAUGGCCGUCUCAGAGUUGCCUGGUAACCCCAAUGCUGUAUGGACAGUGAGGAGGCAUGUUGAAGAUGAAUUUGAUGCCUAUAUCAUUGUGUCCUUCGUCAAUGCCACCCUGGUACUGUCUAUCGGAGAAACUGUAGAGGAGGUUACAGACUCGGGAUUCCUUGGUACUACGCCCACCUUGUCUUGCUCAUUGUUGGGAGAUGAUGCUUUGGUGCAGGUUUAUCCUGAUGGCAUCCGGCACAUCAGAGCCGAUAAAAGAGUUAAUGAGUGGAAAACACCAGGGAAGAAAACCAUCGUCAAAUGUGCUGUGAAUCAGAGACAAGUGGUGAUCGCACUGACAGGGGGAGAGCUGGUCUACUUUGAGAUGGACCCGGUACUCAGGCAGCUGAAUGAAUACACAGAGAGGAAGGAGAUGUCUGCUGACGUGGUGUGCAUGAGCUUGGCCAAUGUUCCCCCAGGAGAGCAGCGCUCCCGGUUCCUUGCUGUUGGGCUGGUGGACAACACUGUGCGCAUCAUUUCCCUCGACCCCUCUGACUGUCUUCAGCCACUGAGUAUGCAAGCUCUCCCUGCCCAGCCAGAAUCACUGUGCAUUGUGGAAAUGGGUGGCGCUGAGAAGCAGGAUGAACUGGGAGAGCGGGGCUCGAUUGGCUUCUUGUACCUGAACAUUGGCUUGCAGAACGGUGUGCUUCUCCGAACUGUCCUUGAUCCAGUUACUGGUGACCUCUCUGACACAAGGACCAGGUAUCUGGGCUCGCGCCCUGUGAAGCUCUUCCGAGUCCGGAUGCAAGGCCAAGAAGCGGUGCUGGCCAUGUCAAGCCGUUCUUGGCUGAGUUACUCCUAUCAAUCCCGCUUCCACUUAACACCCCUCUCAUAUGAAACGUUGGAGUUUGCCUCUGGCUUUGCUUCAGAGCAGUGUCCAGAGGGCAUAGUAGCCAUCUCAACAAACACACUGAGGAUUUUGGCCCUGGAGAAGCUUGGAGCUGUCUUCAACCAGGUUGCCUUCCCGUUGCAGUACACUCCUAGGAAGUUCGUCAUCCACCCUGAGAGCAACAACCUAAUCAUCAUUGAGACGGACCACAAUGCUUAUACUGAGGCCACUAAAGCCCAAAGGAAGCAGCAGAUGGCGGAGGAAAUGGUGGAAGCCGCAGGGGAAGAUGAGAGGGAACUAGCUGCAGAGAUGGCGGCCGCGUUUCUGAACGAGAACCUUCCUGAGUCCAUCUUUGGUGCCCCAAAAGCAGGAAAUGGACAAUGGGCGUCUGUUGUCCGGGUGAUGAACCCCAUCCAAGGAAACACAUUAGAUCUAGUCCAGCUGGAGCAAAAUGAAGCUGCCUUCAGUGUGGCAGUGUGCCGAUUUGCCAAUGGUGGUGACGACUGGCAUGUUCUAGUGGGCGUAGCCAAGGACCUCAUCCUGAACCCACGCUCUGUGGCUGGAGGCUUUGUCUACACCUAUAAGUUGAUAAACAGUGGGGAGAAGCUUGAGUUCCUGCACAAGACCCCAGUAGAGGAGGUACCAGCCGCAAUUGCCCCCUUCCAAGGCAGAGUGCUCAUUGGUGUGGGGAAACUCUUGCGGGUAUAUGACUUGGGCAAGAAGAAGCUGCUCCGGAAGUGUGAGAAUAAGCACAUUGCCAACUACAUCUGUGGGAUCCAGACGAUUGGGCACCGAGUGAUCGUCUCGGAUGUCCAGGAGAGCUUCAUCUGGGUGCGCUACAAGAGGAACGAGAACCAGCUGAUCAUUUUUGCAGAUGACACCCACCCCCGCUGGGUCACCACUGCCUGCCUCCUCGACUAUGACACAGUGGCUGGGGCUGACAAGUUUGGCAACAUCUGUGUGGUGCGGCUACCACCCAACACAAAUGAUGAGGUAGACGAGGACCCAACUGGAAACAAGGCGUUAUGGGAUAGAGGCCUUCUUAAUGGGGCUUCUCAAAAGGCAGAGGUGAUUAUGAACUACCAUGUAGGGGAAACAGUCCUGUCCCUGCAGAAGACGACUCUAAUCCCCGGAGGCUCUGAAUCUCUUGUCUACACGACCUUAUCUGGGGGCAUUGGCAUUCUGGUCCCGUUUACAUCACAUGAGGAUCAUGACUUCUUCCAGCACGUUGAGAUGCAUCUGAGGUCUGAACACCCUCCUCUCUGUGGACGAGACCACCUCAGCUUCCGCUCCUAUUACUUCCCAGUGAAGAAUGUCAUUGAUGGGGAUCUGUGUGAGCAGUUCAACUCCAUGGAGCCCAACAAGCAGAAGAACGUGUCUGAAGAGCUGGACAGGACCCCACCAGAGGUGUCCAAGAAGCUAGAGGACAUCCGCACCCGCUAUGCUUUCUGAGAGGGGCCUCUUCAGGGACGUGGCUGGGAUUCCUGUUCCAAAGAUGUUUUGAAGGGUAUGAGCUUUUUUGGCCAGUUGCUCCCACUUUGGUACUCUUGUUUUCUUCCAGCGACUUGAAAGUCCAACCAUGUCAUCAACCUGUUCUGUCCAUGCUGUUCCAGGAGUCAGUCAGGUUCUCCCAAGUGGCGAGGCCUCCCCUUUCAGGUGUGUUUCUGGCUCCACCCUUUUUAAAGACAGUUUGGGUGCUGUACCCACUACCGACCUGCCCUUGGACAAGGCCCUGGUGCCCUUUCCGUGUCAAGGGAGCUAGCUAGAUGAAGUCCCCUUUCCUGAGUUGGUAAGAUAGGAGCACAGGGACGUUAGGGCUCCUCUUCCAUUGGCCAGUGUCUGGGAAGCCUUGUGGGCGUGGCUGGUGUAAUUUUUCCAUCCUGCAGUUUUUAUCUCUGUGUUUGUAAAUAGAGUCCUGUACCAAGUUAGCCUUUUGUCUGCUGAAGAGAUGGCCUGUGUGAAUCUGGCCAUAGAUUUUUCUUUAAUAAAACCCAGCAUCUGGAUUAAAGGUUGGCUGACAAACCUG